AGCAGAUAGAAGGAAAGAAGGCGUUUUUUAUUCAUUGCCACAAGGACUAGAAGGUUAUUUGUUAUAGAAGCUGAUAUUUUUGCCUCAUGAUUUACUUCAGAGCUACACAUUUAGUGGGAGCCUUCAUUAUCCUCCCUGCAGUCCUCUUUCACUUGAUCAACAAGCUCUGCUGUGAAGAGAGAGCUGAGCUCCCAUGCCUGGAACAAUGAAGGUGAAGAAAACACUGCAAAGAAAAGUCCAGAGCUCAUGAAGGCCUUGCUCCCCGAAUUGUAAGUGACAUGCUGGCAAAGCUGAACAACUGAUCACCAGACACUGGCAUAGUGUUAAACAUGGCUUCUGAGGCUGCUCACAAUUUCCUCCAGCCACUGUCUACUUGGAUGUCUCAAGUAUAUGAAGCAAUCCAGCAAGCAGGAGACUCCAUAUCUGCCUCUCUGCUGAAUCUGAGUGGAGUGGGUCGGAAGCCAGAAGGAGAAAGGACCCAGGACUUGGAGAAUAAUGGAGGAGUUUUUGAGGAUUAUUCUGAGGAAUUAGAUGAUGAACAGGAGCUGGACAUUUGGGAUGAAGACUAUUUCUACCCUAGAGAUGUCAGCUACAUUGGAGGCCUUGAUCUUGCUUCACAAAACCUCCCUCAAGGCUCUGACACGGAUCCACAGAGGCACGAAGGGGUUAAAACCACCAGCACCUUGCCAGAGCAGUGCACUGAAAGCAGCAGGACCUUGACAGCCAAUGGAUCCUACUGGAUGAGUGAGGAUCUCCAGCCUCCUGAUCGGCUUCCCCCCAUUGCUGAGGAAGAAGGUGAGCCCUCCUGGAGGAUGGGAGCCCAUGAGCACAGCCUCAGCUUGGGGGGCUCCUUGCACAGUGCCAAUGGCACGGCACGCUGUGCAGAUCUGGAUGGACUAAGCCAACUGAGUUACCAAGACAACCUCUCCUGUCGUGAAGAUGACCAUGCAUCUAUUGAUUCAAGAGCAACAACCAGGAGUAGGGGCACUGGGCAACACAAAGGGCCCAGGAUGGAGCCCAGAACUGGGGAUGGUGUCAGCCAGUCACACAGGGAAGGACGCCUGGAAAUGGAGACAGCAUUUGCCAACCAGGGAUUGGAAGUAAAUGAUGCUACUGACAGCUCAUCGGCUUGGAGCCCUGAGGAGCACAAUGAAGUGAACAGUGUGCCAGCUCACCAUUGUGCCCACGAGCCCAUCUGCAAAUGUGGUGACCUGGAUGUCAUUUUCACCUACAAAUCCUCAAGCCAGAAGCUGAUAGCCACUGUCCUGGAGGCCAGGGACAUCCCAGACAAGGACCGCAGUGGUGUCAACACCUGGCAGGUGCACGCGGUUCUGAUGCCGGGCAAGAAGCAGAGGGGCAAGACCAGUGUGCAGAGAGGACCCAUCCCCGUCUUCCAGGACAAAAUCACCUUCAGCAAGCUGGAGCCAGAGGAGCUGAGCAGCCAUGCCGUUCGCUUCCGCCUCUACGCCGUGCACAAGGUGCUUGGGGAGAAGAUGAUGGGGGAGCAGCUCUUCUACCUGAGGGGCAUCAGCCAGGAAGGGGAGAUGAAGGUGACACUGCUCUUGGAGCCACGGAGUAACCUGAGUAGUGCAGAUUCUCAGCUGAGUCUGUCAGCAAUCUCUCACAGUGAUAGCGCUUCCUCAACACAGUCCCUGUCGCAUGGAGGGGUGCCAGAGCUGCUCGUGGGACUGUCAUACAAUGCCACUACGGGGAGGCUGGCAGUGGAGAUGAUCAAAGGCAGCCAUUUCAGAAACCUUGCAAUUAAUAGGCCACCUGACACCUAUGGGAAGCUCUGCCUGCGCAACUCGGUGGGUCAGGAGAUGUCUCGCUGCAAGACCUCGAUCCGCCGGGCACAGCCCAACCCUGUCUACAAGGAGACUUUCAUCUUCCAGGUCGCCCUCUUCCAGCUCUCUGAGGUCACCCUGCUGAUCUCCAUCUACAGCAGGCGCGGCCUGAAGCGCAAGGAGAUGCUGGGCUGGAUCUCGCUGGGCCACAGCAGCAGCGGGGAGGAGGAGCAGAGCCACUGGCAGGAGAUGAGGGAGGCACAGGGGACACAGGUCUGCAGGUGGCACAUGCUGCUGGAGUCCUAGUGGGCACCAAGGGCUGUCUCUCCUUGCUCUCUGCCAGCAGAAUCCAGCUCUGGCAGGGCACACAGCUUUAACCUGCCCCCUCAGUGCCAGCAGCUGUGGGCAUCAGAUGUGGCAAGGCCUGGGAAGCAAGUUUAGUUCUUGCCUUACCAGCUUGCCCUGCAUUUUCUACAUUGACAUAACCCUAGUGAGAAGCAGUGGGAAUACUUGGAAAAUCCGUUCCUUGGACAUUGUCUUGCUCAUUUUUCUAUAGGCUUAAUCACCACAGACUGAUUCUGAUGUGAUGCUGUUUUCUUCUGGGGUAAACUCUCACUUCCCCCUUUUCCCUUAUUUGUAAUAAUGAAGUUUGCAAAUAUUCUUGCCACGCAGAUAGCUCACAGAAAAGCUAACCUGCAUGCAGAUCACAUCCUCUCCCUUUUAUUAUCGUGUUUCUAAGUCCUAGAAAAAAGCAUUUGAUACCACUGUGGACUGGAUGAUAUAUUUUUCAGGCAGCAUGAGAAAGCACUCUUGAAUUCUCUGUUAACUUUUAAGUGCCUAGACAUUCCUACUGUUCUCCUGUACUAACAAUUGAUAUAAGGACUAAAUACUACUGGUAUUUUUAAUUAGGCACCCUGUGCACCUGUUAGCCUGCAUUCACAUAGGUUUGCACAAGAGAUAACAAGCAUCAGUUUUAUAUUGCAUAAUACAAUGCAUGUUUAGAUGUUUACUUGAAGUUAUGGCUUCUGUCAUCACAAAUACCAAAAAAAGACCAGAACAAACUGCACAGCCACCUUUGUGCCUGAAUCACUCCUUUCUGCAUUGUUUUGCCCAUGUGUUAAUGUGAUUUUUAGAAGUGAGGUUCAUUCACAAAAGCAUUUCUGUGAGCAUUAGAGGAGAGGGCUUCAGACCUGUGGUUUUUCUCUGGUUCAGCAAAGCACUACUCAGUUUGCUGAGGGCUCUUCUUCAAAUCUCCUGUAAUAUCUCCUUGGGAUAUGGAAGGGGACUGGUUCUGGCAUGCUGAGCAGCAGAGGAUGCCAGAUCAUGUCACCUAACCUGGGGAAGGAGCUCUCUUGCAGACCAGGAAUGGGAUCCAGAGGGGCUGCUGGCUCUGCUGAAAAGAAUUGUGCUUCCUGCCUCCAGCUGAGAGCAAAGCCAGGAGCAGCCUUGCUGGAUGAGGUGAUGACACUGUCACGUGGUGACUUUUCAGACUGCACUGUCCUUUUCCAUUUUAAUCUCUUUUCCUGUCUCUGGGAGCUGAAGUCAUGGAGAUGAUGGAUGGAGGAUGUGUCUCAGUCUGCUGCUUGGCUAAGUGGUUGUUGUUGCAGUGCUGUGUGUGACACAAAGGAGAGUGUUCCUCCUCAGUGGAAUGUAGGCAGUGAGGUGCUGAGAUCUCCAAAUGCUAUCAGCUGCCCAAUCUCCCAUUCCCCACACUCUCUAGGAGAGGACUGUCUUUCCUCCAUUCCUGCUGAUGACAGCAAGACACAGGAAAUAUUUUGCUGAAGAGCUUUGUCUGUACUGAGUCACUUCAUGGUUUGUUUUUGCCAUUUACAGAGACCUGGCACCAAAUUCUGCCUCCUCCUGCACCACAGCCACUUCCUUUGCUUCAAUGGUGCUGUGCAAAUCUAACUAAUGCAAAUUUUGGCACUGGCUGUUUGACCAAAAUUGGUCCUUGGUGCUGGUUUUUGUCACAUCCAGGCUAGACAGGCCCUGAGGGCACUCACAGGUUAUCACUUGGUGUCACAGAGGCUCUGUCUGGCCAAGGAGGCAGACAGAAUAAUCUGCACAGAGAAGCACUUCUGCUACAGGUGAUACAAGCUAUUCUACAGAACACACUCUUGUACCUUCUUAUCACCUGUCUGAGCAUCAUUUUUCCAGAGAGACUGCUGGGUAUCCUAUGCAGGAGGGUUUUCCUCCACUGUCUAGAUAAGCUGGCAUGUCUGCUUUGCAUUACUGGGGCUUUGAAACACAAAACAGGAUUUAACCCAAAUGCAGCUCAUCGAGCAAAUGUGUUCUUGACUGCACUGUUAAAGCUGCUGUAUUAGCAAUGCAAGAAAAGUGAACAUCUGAGUGAUAAUCAGCAGAAUAGAAUUUCAUUUAUCAUACACUUUUCUGCUGGGGAAAAUUAAAAAAGUAGAGGAAACAGACCAAUUCAAAAGGCUGAUUCUAGUUAUUUUCCAAUCUCUACAUAUUUUUUGUCCUGAACUGCAUAAAAUGGAUAUGCAAGUGUUUAUAAUUAAUUUUUAUUACCUGGAAUGUGUGGGUGUAAUAAACUUACUGAGAUUCUCUUCAGAACUUCUUGAACCUGCAAAGCCUUGCCUAUGCUUCAUGAUUAGCUAAGGAAAAAGUGUAAGUUCAUAAUACAUAUCAGCAGUGAACUGGAGAUAACCCAGAUUUAUAACAGCAUGAUUAAAAAAAACCUAAUGAAAAAGAUAAUUUAAAAAAACAAUGAGGUACACUGGGUUUGGACUUCCAUGCUGUUUUCACAUUAAGAUGUUUUCUGAAGAUAUAGCAUUAAGGGAAUUGAAUUUUAAUAUAUAAUUUCAUUGUAGAGAUUUUGGAGUCAGAGAAAAGCAAGUGAAAAUGACUUACUUAGAGUAAGUCAAUACCUAAACAUGUGUUAAAACUUUGCUGUCCAAGGGAAGCAGGUUGCUGCAUC